AUGCACCGAAAUCAAGAAAACAAGAAAUUGAAAGGCAAACGGGGGUUACACGCGCCUGAAUUAAUUUCUCGGAUAAAAUAUUCACACACUUAUAGAACCGAAUUGCGCGUUGAUUCUAUACAGAUAAUGAAGGCUCAUCUUAUGCAGGUGACUUUGCCCUUGGACCUUGACGUGCAUCCAUGUAACGAUGCUGAAUUCAAUUGGUUAACCUUUUAG